AUGAAGUCGAUCCGCUCGGGCGACCAAAGCGGCCUGGUGGAGGGAGUCGUCAUUGAGAGCAGAACUGAUCACAAGCGAGGCCGGCUGAGCACGGUGCUGGUGCAGCGCGGCACGCUACGGCGCGGCGCCGUGCUGGUGUCGGGUGGCUGCUGGGCCCGCGUGCGCGCCAUGUUCGACGACGCCGGCCUGCCGGUGCAGCGCGCGCUGCCCAGCAGCCCGGUCGAGGUGCUGGGCUGGCGCGAGCUGCCCUCGGCCGGACAGACCGUGCUCGAGGUCCACUCUGAGCGCCAGGCCAGGGAGGUGGUGGGGUGGCGCCAGAGCCAGGAGUCCCACCGCAAGGCACAGGACAAUCAGCUGGCCGCCCAGCAGAAGCUGGAGGCGCAUCUGGCGGAGUACCGCGCGGCACGCCAGGAGCGGCUCCAGAAGGGUCUGAGGUUCAACGUGAGGUCGAAGGGUCCUCGGAAAAAAGAGGCAACCGAUCAGCACUCGGGCCCCACCCUCUCCAUCGUGGUGAAAGGGGACGUGGACGGCUCGGUGGAGGCGAUCCUGGACGUGCUGGACACUUACCACGAGCCGGAGGUGCGGCUGGACGUGCUGCACUACGGCGUCGGCGCCGUCACUGAGAGCGACAUCAGCAUCGCGCAGAUGUUCAACGGUGUCGUGUACGGCUUCAACGUGGAGGUGUCGGCCGAGGUGGCCGCGCUCGCGCACGCCUCCAACACGCCCGUCCGCCUGCUGAACGUCAUCUACCGACUGGUGGACGACGUACGAGAUGAGAUCAACCAGCGCAUGCCGGUCACGGAUGUGGAGGAGGUGAUCGGUGAGGCGAACGUUUUGCAGGAAUUCAUUGUCACUGAGAAGAAGCACAAGAUCCCUGUGGCGGGCUGCAGAUGCGUGAAAGGCCUGCUCAAGAAAUCCGAGAAAUACCGACUAGUGCGCGAAGGAGAGACAAUACAUGAAGGCGCCAUGGCCUCGAUGCGACACCUGAAGAAUGAGGUCGACACCAUCAAGAAGGACGUGGAGUGCGGCCUGAUGCUGGCCGACACGGAGGUGCGCUUCGAGCCGGGUGAUACGCUCAUCUGCUACCGAACCGUGCAGCGAGAGCAGACCACCAACUGGGACGCGGGCUUCUAGGCAUCGUGCCGCUGCCCGGGCUGCCAGCGGGGCGGGUCAUGUGAUGUGUGACUUGUGGAUCAAGUCGCCUGAUGUCCCGCAGAGAUGAAAUGAUGAUGAUUGUAGAUGCUCCGUUCGCUUGAUACUUGACGUUCGGCGGAGAAAUAUACG